AUGGAGUGGGUAUUUUGGUGUUUGAAGGUUGUUUGUGCCGGUUUAGUUUUGUUUCUGCUAAAGAUUGCAACAACAACAUGGUGGAAGCCUCUGCAACUGAAAAAGUUCUUUGAAGCUCAAGGAAUUAGAGGCCCUCCAUACAGGCUAUUCUCUGGGAAUUCUGCAGAUAUAUCCAGAAUGAUGGAUGAGCAGAGAGGCCAGGAUUUUCUUUUCUGGUUUGGACCUCAUGCCAGGUUGGUUGCACCCCAUCCUGAGCUUAUUAAGGAAAUAUGUUUCACUAAAUUUGGCAACUAUACAAAGUUUUUCAAUAAUCCCCUUGCAAGACAACUGGUUGGACAGGGACUUGUGGGGUUGACAGGUGAAAAAUGGACUCAGCAUAGGAAAAUCAUCAAUCCUGCUUUCCAUAUGGAUCUCUUGAAGGGUAUGGUUCCAUCAAUUGUGAAAAGCAGUGCCAAUAUGUUGGAUGGAUGGAGUAAAUUGGUAUUGUCAGGUGCAUCAGAAAUUGAAGUACUAAAGGAAUUCCACGAUCUCACAGCAGAUAUUAUUGCCCGCACAGCAUUCGGGAGCAGUUUUACAGAGGGAAAGCAUAUCUUUGAUAUGCAAGCCAAACAGAUGAUUCUUACAAUUGAAUCACUUCGUAGGGUUUAUAUUCCAGGUUUCAGGUUUCUGCCUACUACAAAGAAUAGGCAAAGUUGGCAUUUGGAGAAAGAAAUAAGAAGAUCCUUAAGACAAGUUAUAGAUGCCAGGGAAAAAACUGCUGAGAUGGAAAGAACUGGUAGUUAUGGUGCCGAUCUGCUUGGUUUAAUGAUGUCUGAGAGCAAGGAGCAGGGGAGAAUCAAUGCAAAGAGUAAUGCAAGCCUGAGUACAGAGGAAAUCAUUGAUGAAUGCAAGACUUUCUACUUUGCCGGCCAUGAAACCACUUCAGUACUGUUGACAUGGGCUAUAAUAUUGUUGGGCAUACAUCAAGAAUGGCAAGAGCGAGGUCGCAGAGAGGUGCUGGAAAUAUGUGGAAAAAACAAUUAUCCAGAUGCAGACAGCUUAAGUCGCCUCAAAAUUGUGGGAAUGAUUAUAAAUGAGACCUUGAGACUUUAUCCUCCUGCAGUGUUUCUGAUGCGACAGGCAUGUGAGCCAACGAAACUUGGAAGGCUAUCAAUUCCUGCAGGCACUCAAUUUAUGAUUCCGAUCCUUGCAAUUCACCAUGAUCCUGCAUUGUGGGGAAAUGAUGCCAAAGAUUUCAAUCCAGGGCGAUUCAGUGAAGGAAUUGCAAAGGCUGCAAAGCAUCCAAUGGCGUUCAUGCCUUUUGGAACAGGUCCAUAUAUAUGUGUGGGUCAGAAUUUUGCCUUGUUGGAAGCAAAAUUAGUUUUGGCCAUGAUUCUGCAAAAAAUUUCUUUUGGCACUUCACCUGCUUAUACUCAUGCUCCUAUUCUUUCCAUUACUCUGAGACCUCAACAUGGAGCUCAGGCCAUCUUCCGCAUGGCCUAA